CCUCCCACCCCCACAUCUCUCCUUCCUCACCCUCCCCCCAUCGCCCGCGCGCCCAUUCUCAUCACCUCUUUCAACACUGAAACCUAGAGGCGCGCUUUCUCCCUUCUACAACACACAACAUGGCGGAACGCUAUAUUCCCGAGCAUCGUCGGACGCAGUUCAAGGCCAAGAACCAGUUCCGCCCCGAUGAGCUCCGUCGCCGCCGUGAGGAGCAGCAAAUCGAGAUUCGCAAGCAGAAGCGCGAGGAGGGUCUUGCUAAGCGACGUGGUAUUGUGACUCGCGAUGGAGGAAUUGGUGUUGGUGGUAGCACCGCUGCCGCCACUGAGAGUGAUGAUGAGGCCAGUGCUAUCGAGAGCGAGCUUAACGUCGAGCUCCCUUUGAUGGUGAAGGGUGUCUUCUCCGAUUCUGUCGAAGACCAGAUCAGCUCCACCACUCGUUUCCGCAAGCUGCUUUCCAAGGAGCGCAACCCGCCCAUCGAGCGUGUCAUCGAGACCGGUGUCGUUAGCCGUUUCGUCGAGUUCCUCCGUUCCCCCCACACUCUUGUCCAAUUCGAAGCUGCCUGGGCCCUCACAAACAUUGCUAGCGGUAGUGCUACUCAGACUCAAGUUGUGAUCUCCGCUGGUGCUGUGCCCAUCUUCGUCGAGCUCCUCGCCAGCCCCGAGCCCGAUGUCCGCGAGCAGGCCGUUUGGGCCCUCGGAAACAUUGCUGGUGACAGCCCUCACUGCCGUGAUUUCGUUCUGGGUGCUGGUGCCCUGCGCCCUCUCCUGAACCUCAUCAACGAUGGGCGUAAGCUGAGCAUGCUCCGCAACGCGACCUGGACCCUGAGCAACUUCUGCCGUGGCAAGACCCCCCAGCCCGACUGGAACACUAUUGCCCCUGCUCUGCCCGUCCUCGCCAAGCUUAUCUACAUGCUUGAUGAUGAGGUGCUGAUCGAUGCUUGCUGGGCCAUCUCUUACCUCUCCGACGGUAGCAACGACAAGAUCCAGGCUGUCAUUGAGGCGGGCAUCCCUCGUCGCCUCGUGGAGCUUCUCAUGCAUGCCUCCACCUCCGUUCAGACUCCCGCUCUCCGCUCGGUUGGAAACAUUGUCACCGGUGAUGAUGUUCAGACCCAGGUCAUCAUCAACUGCGGCUCCCUUCCCGCUUUGCUUUCUCUUUUGAGCUCCACCAAGGACGGCAUUCGUAAGGAGGCUUGCUGGACUAUUUCCAACAUCACCGCCGGAAACUCAAGUCAGAUUCAGGCCGUCAUUGACGCUGGCAUCAUUGCCCCUCUCAUCAACCUGUUGGCCAACGGCGAUUUCAAGACCCGCAAGGAGGCUUGCUGGGCGAUCUCCAACGCCACCUCUGGUGGUCUCCAGAAGCCUGACCAGAUUCGCUACCUUGUUUCCCAAGGUUGCAUCAAGCCCCUCUGCGAUCUACUUGCUUGCCCCGACAACAAGAUCAUCCAGGUUGCUCUGGACGGCCUUGAGAACAUCUUGAAGGUCGGUGAGAUGGACAAGGAGGCCGGUCAGGGUGACGCCCGUGUUAACCGCUACGCUCUCUUCAUCGAGGAGGCCGGGGGCAUGGAGAAGAUUCACGACUGCCAAAACAACGCCAACGAGGAGAUCUACAUGAAGGCUUACAACAUCAUUGAGAAGUACUUCUCCGAUGAGGACGAAGCCGCUGGUGAGAUCGACGAGCUGGCUCCUCAGCAGACCCAGGCUGGCUUCACUCUCGGCACUGGCCAGCAGCAGCCCGCCGGCGGAUUCAACUUCGCCAGCGGUGCUGACUCCAUGGAUAUGUAAACGGAGUUAGGACCUUUCGCUACCCAAGCAUGCUAUGGCUAUGCUUGUUGCUCCUUUUACACCUGGUUCUACCCUUUCUUCAUCUCCGUUGUUCAGGUUCGGGCAUCAUUUUGUUAGCCCAAUCCUGCUGAGCCGCAGAGUCCUUUGCUCAAACAAUCCCCUCUGCCCGUCUCGGUUCCUUUCCCGGCCUGCCCUAUCUCCAUGUCCUCAUGGUCUUAUGGCAGUGUUGGGGGCUUCGUCCAUUCUUCUCCAUCCUCUGCUGCCUUCCUCCUCUGUCACGAUGCUCCCAUCCCCUUUCUCCAUUUCUCUGGCCCCCAUUUUGAUUCACGAUAAAGAUUCACCGUCAUGUAAACCCUUUCCCCCCCCCUUUUUAGCAUCCUCAUACACUGGCGUAUUUUGUUUGCAGGAUCGGUUAUUUUCCUCUUUAUGUUAAUGUCACUUCCUUUUUCAAAGAUCUGGUGUUCCCUCUUAGGUCAUUGUUUUCCCUUGUGGGCACCGGGGGCGUUGAUAUUGGCGGAACUCUCUUCGGCAGAUGCUGUUACUUGCAGUGAUUUUCCGGAGUUGGAUGUCUCUGCCGAUGUUCUGAUUGACGCUGUCUGAAGUAUGGUUCCACGACCCCGCCAUGUGCUGUAGAAUCUCUUUGCAGGCUACUUCAAAAUAGUUGCGUCGUGCACAAUCCCAAUGGCUUCGUUAUUUUCACCGAGAAAUAAAACCUCCGUUCUCUUUGUAUAAUGAUGUGACAUUGCCAGCCUUUUUAUGCUGGGUCGAUGAUCGGGCGUAGAAUCCAUAGUC